AUGAGCAACGACGACGAUUACAUGGCCUUUCUCAACAAGGCCAACGAGGACCCGAGCAAAGGCGUGCCCAAGGUCUCCUCCUCGGGCGGCGGCAAGAUGGCCCAGUUCAAGACGACAGACAGCGGCGCGCAGGUGCCCGCUCUGCUGCGCGAGGCGACCAAGGACGCCUUCUACGUGAGCGACGCGGACGAGCCGUUUGUCCCCGUGUAUCUGGAGUGGGACGAGAGUGGCAAGGGGUUGCCGGAUGAGGAAGAAUUUGCAUCCCUGAUCAACCACCCAGACCCGUCCAACGCUGGUAUCGAGAUUAUCGAUCCGUCAGACUGGGACACGCGGGGUCAGUACAACAGUAUCGUGGACGCAGUGACCAAGGCGGGCAAGGGCAACGAUGUAAAAGUGUACCGGGUGCCGCGGGAGAGUGUGAAAGUCGAGUAUUGGGUUGUCACGACGGAAGGCAAGGGGAAGAGCGCCAAGUUGGUUGGCGUCAAAGCACUUGCUGUGGAGAGCUAG